AUGGGCGAUCUCCCCGCGAUGCGCAUACGACAAGUUGAUCGCGCCUUCAUACAUUGCGGUCUUGAUUAUGCCGGGCCCGUUCCUGUUCGAAUGAAUUCCGGCCGCGGGCAUAAAUCGCGGAAAGCGUAUAGUGCCGUCUUUAUCUGCAUGACGACUCGCGCCAUCCAUCUCGAAUUAGUCAGUGACUACACCACCGACGCAUUUUUAGCCGCCUACGAGCGCUUUUCUUCUCGGCGCGGGAUACCUACCGAUUUGUACUCCGAUAAUGCAAAGAACUUUCUAGGAGCCGACCGCGAAUUAAAGGCUGCGCUGCAAGCCGCACGAAACGAUUCACAUUUACUCAGCAAGUUGUCGUGCGACGGAGUUCGUUGGCACUUUAUACCCCCUUCCGCUCCUCACUUCGGCGGCCUAUGGGAAGCGGGGGUGCGAAGCGUAAAGCAUCAUCUGAAGCGAGUUAUCGGUUCACACACGCUAACGUUUGAAGAGCUCACGACGCGGCUCUGUCAAAUCGAAGCGUGUCUUAACUCGCGUCCGAUCGCACCGAUGUCGGAGAAUCUCGACGAUGAUUCAUGUCUCACGCCGGGCCACUUCUUAAUUGGCAACGCAAUUACUGCGACACCGGCGCCCACGCUACUUGAAACAAAGGAAACCCGUCUGACUCGAUGGCAACUCGUAAAGCAAAAAAACGAAAGCUUAUGGAAGGCUUGGUCGAACGACUAUUUGCACGGAUUGCAGCAACGCUCAAAAUGGCGCGUCGCUCAAAGGCUUGCUCGAGUCGGACGCUUGGUUCUUUUGCGCGAUCCCCUCGCACCACCGUGCAAGUGGGAGCUUGGUCGUAUCAUCGAAUGUCACGUUGGAGACGACGGAUUAACUCGCGUCGUCACUGUCAAAACCGCGAAAUCUACAUACAAACGAUCAAUCGUCAAACUGUGUUUCUUGCCAGUCGAUUUGAACGACGCUUCCGCGUGA